CCAAGGCCCUUCCUGGCAAGAUGAAUCCCACCAGCUUCUUCCUCCUUACAUUGCUCCUGGUUCUGGUGACAGAAGCAGCUGCGAGGAGACCUCGUGAAAAGUUCUCACAAUCAUCUGAAGAACAUGCUAAUGAAAUCUCUGAAGUCGGCGGGAGCAGUGGUGGAUCAAGUUCUGCCAAUGAGGAAUACAGCCGGAGUGAGAGCUCAUGGAGUUCCUUCAAAUCAAAAAAUCCCAAAAGUGGCUUCAGUGAGGAAGGCUCGUGGAGUUCCUUUAAAUCAAAAAAUCCCAAAAGUGGCUUCAGUGAGGAAGGCUCGUGGAGUUCCUUUAAAUCAAAAAAUCCAAAGAGCAGCGUCAGUGAGGAAGGCUCAUGGAGCAGCUUUAAGUCAAAAAGUGCAAAAAGCAGUGUCGGCGAGGAAGGCUCUGAUGGUGACAGAGCCAGCGAGUCUGCAGGGGAAAUAGAGCGGUCUUACACACGGAGAAAGGAAAAGCAACGGUUUGGACAAGAAGUAGCUAAGUGAUAUGGCUAUGGACCAGCUGAAGAUCCGGAUCAAUACAAAGGAGUCACCUUGUCUGAAUGAAGCCUGUGAUAUCUUCAGGAUGGAGACUCCUGUGAAGUCCCAGAGACAGAUCAUGGAUUUCGAUUCUUUCUCAUACUUGUUUUUCUUUUUUUGAGGUUCUCAACCCCAGCAUUUAUUAAAACACUUUCUUUUCAAUAAAAAGACAACAUUCUGCAUCAAA